AUGGAUGCUUACGAGAAAAUUGAGAAGAUUGGCGAGGGUACCUAUGGGAAGGUUUAUAAAGCGCGGGACAUCAACACUGGGAAGCUGGUUGCCUUGAAAAAAUGCCGAUUAGAGAUGGAGGAAGAAGGUGUGCCGUCAACAACCCUCCGCGAGAUUUCUCUGCUGCAAAUGCUCUCAGACAGCAACCAUAUCGUCAAGUUGCUAUGCGUCGAGCAUACCGAGGAAAACAACAAGCCCUGCCUGUACUUGGUCUUCGAGUACCUCAACACCGACAUGAAGAAGUGGAUGGACAGGAACGGCAAAGGACCCGCGCAUCCCCUGCCCACCAUGCACAUUAAGAGUAUGGUUUACCAGCUCAUCAAGGGCGUCGCGUACUGUCACAUGCACGGCGUAUUGCACCGUGAUCUCAAGCCGCAGAACCUGCUCGUCGACGAUGAGAAGAUGUGCUUGAAAGUCGCUGACCUGGGCUUGGGCCGCCACUUCAGCGUCCCUCUAAAGAGCUAUACACACGAGAUCGUCACGCUCUGGUACCGCGCGCCAGAGGUGCUCCUGGGCGCAACCCAUUACGCAACACCCGUCGAUAUGUGGUCUGUAGGCUGCAUUUUUGCUGAGCUCGUGCGCAAGGCCCCAUUGUUCCCGGGUGACAGUGAGUAUCAGCAGCUUCUACACAUCUUCAAGCUCCUGGGCACGCCGAACGAGGAUACCUGGCCAGGCGUUACCAAGCUACGCGACUGGCACGAGUGGCCGCAGUGGCAGCCGCAAGACCUGCGCCGCAUCUUCCCCACUCUUGAGGAGGCGGGCAUCGAUCUGCUGAAGCGCAUGUUUGCCUACGACCCUGCGCUACGGAUCUCGGCCAAGGAGGCGCUCAACCACCCAUACUUCGACGAUCUCGAUAAGGUAGCGGUUGACGCGCUUGAAAGCCAGGAAGUCCGGGAUCGCAUGGCCGAGGCGGCGGCGGCGAACGUCCAUUAACAAAGCAGGCGUGAACUUCAAUGACGAACUGGAUGAGGACCGAAGGAAUGAAUUGCAUCCCGUUUGACGCAUUGGCCUUGUGGACGCAUGUAUAUAGCUCAUCACGAUGUGCAUGCACAUCUCGUAGUUCCUAUCCGUGUCGUGAAGCGACAACUAGAUCAGUGAGCAGGGACGAGUGUUCGUGUGCAGCUGCGCAUUGAGCCCUUUAGUUUGCAAGGGCAGCAGCUUCUAGCAGUGCGAUUCUGUGUGCAAAUUAAUCGGGGGCCGUUUCUGUCGUGAAAGGUUUAGAAUAGGUGGCUGCCUAGGUAACAGCUACAGGACUACAAAUACUACAUCGCCUUUGCGCGGGUGAGCUUACCGUGCAAGGUUUAGGUGCAAUUAUAAUAUUUGCAGCCCGAAAAGAAGGAAAUUCAGCAGCAUGGACCCUUGCACCGUCAGCACACCCGCAAAUUUCCUUCAAUAGAUUGCACGUGCUUGCCCGAGGGAGCUUCUGAACGCCGUGCACUGUAAUUACUUCCGU